GCGCCACCCUCCGGAAACCCGACCCGCGCCCGCGUGCACCCGUGCGUGAGCCGCGCCCGCGUGUGAAGCCGCGCCCGCGUGUGAAGCCGCGCCCGCGUGUGAAGCCGCGCCGCGCGCUUUUGUGUAGCCGAGCCGCGUCUCCCUGUUGCAAGCCGAGCCGCACGCGAAAUCCCUGUACCGAGCCGAGCCGCGUCUGCCCAAGCCGAGCCGGUCCUGUCUUCUUCCAGCCGAGCCGCCAGGACUAAAUUGGCUCCAUCCACCUAUAUUUCGGGACGUCUUGGACCAAGAAAUUACUGCAGCGCGGGAUUUCUUCAGUAGGGGCUCGAGCACUGCAACCUCCUUCUAGGUUAGGACUUCGUCGCUUGGAAAGCGUACUGCCUCGCGGUUAGGACUCGACAAGUAGAUCUCCAGGGAGAAUGCCGCCACGUAGAGGUACACGCCGAGGAGGUGGUAGGGGAGGCAGAGGAGCCGGUCGUGGCCAGCCGGAGGCGCCACCUGUUGCACCGGCAGUCGACCCAAACGCACCGGUCACCCAGGCGGAUCUCGCCGCAAUGGAGCAGCGUUAUCAGGACAUGCUGCAAGCCGCUUUGGCGCCUUUCCUUGCCGCCCAGCAGAACCAGGCCGCCCCUGUUCAGGCCGAGGCCGCCCCUGCUCAGGCCCAGGCCGCCCCUGUUCAGGCUCAGGCCGUCGCUCCUCCAGCCCCUGAGGAAGCUCAACCAGUACCAGUUCAACUGUCGGCCGAGGCGAAACACUUACGGGAUUUCAGGAAGUAUAAUCCCAAGACCUUUGACGGAUCCAUGGACAACCCCACAAAGGCCCAAAUGUGGUUGACGUCCACAGAGACCAUUUUCCGGUACAUGAAGUGCCCAGAAGACCAGAAGGUGCAGUGUGCAGUCUUCUUCUUGGAGGACAGGGGCACCGCCUGGUGGGAGACCGCGGAGAGAAUGCUAGGGGGCGAUGUAAGCAAAAUAACAUGGGAGCAGUUCAAGGAGAACUUCUAUGCUAAGUUUUUCUCCGCCAAUGUGAAGCACGCCAAGCUGCAAGAGUUCCUAAACUUGGAGCAAGGCGACAUGACGGUGGAGCAGUACGACGCCGAGUUCGAUAUGCUGUCCCGCUUUGCUCCCGAUAUGGUAAGAGAUGAGGCUGCCAGGACGGAGAAAUUUGUUAGAGGACUCAGGCUAGACCUUCAGGGCAUUGUCAGAGCCCUCCGCCCAGCCACGCAUGCUGAUGCACUACGUAUAGCACUGGAUUUGAGCCUGCCUGAGAGAGCCGAUGCGUCUAAGGCUGCCGGCAGAGGGUCAGCCUUGGGACAGAAGAGAAAGGUUGAGACGCAGCCUGACGUAGCACCGCAGCGAACACUGAGGUCAGGAGGUGUCUUCCAGAGACACCGACGGGAGCUUGCAGCAGCCGGGAGGACUCUGAGAGAGCUACCUGCUUGUACUACCUGCGGGAGAGUCCACGGAGGUCGUUGCUUGGCUGGGAGUGGAGUCUGCUUCAGGUGCAGACAGCCGGGGCACACUGCUGAUAUGUGUCCUCGGAAACCCUUUGAGGCGACACCGCCCCAGCCUUCUGCGGCCCAGCAGGGGAGAGUUUUCGCCACUACCCGGCAGGAGGCCGAGCGAGCUGGCACUGUGGUGACAGGUAGAGGACGAGGCAAAGGCAAGGGCAAGCUGGCGAGCGACCCGAAGUGAGACCGAGGAGGGCCAUAGGGACUACCGCUUCCGCUUAUUUCUUAUUUCAGAUUUUAGCAUUUGAGUUUGAGUACUUUUUAUUUUUCACUAUCUUUUAUGUAGAUAGGGCCCGAGUAGGAUUUCAGAACGUUUUUACAUUUUUGCAUGACUACCUUGUUUAUGUUUUUAUAAAUGAAUUUCUUGAACCGUAUGCUUUUAA